CCCCUUUGUGGGUCCCGGCGGCUGUUGCCGGGCCGGGGGCGCAGCAGUCCUAGUCCCAUUGUCUAUACCAAGCAGAGACUUAAGGAGGAGAAAAGGGGGAAGGUGGACCACAGAAUAGAACUGAACCUUGGUCAGAGAGGCCUACUGCUUGCUGAAUCUGGGAUCUGGAGCUCAAACUUGUAUCCCUAACAGACAGUGUUGCAUUCCAGUACCAAUGGUGAGAAGAUGAGCUGCUGCAUUUUGGACAAGCUGAAGUUUGGAACGCUGGGACAUAAAGAACCCAUUAAGAAGGAAAUUACAAUAGUUAAGAGGAGAUGAAGAGGAAACUGUUCAGGAUGUUUCAAGGUCCACACAAAAUCUUACUCUUGAGCUGGGAACUUUUUGGUCAGAGCUGUGAAAAUUAUCUGAAGUAGAAUGGAAGCUUCAGUAAUAUUGCCCAUUCUGAAGAAAAAAUUGGCUUUUCUUUCAGGAGGGAAGGACAGAAGAAGUGGCCUCAUUCUGACAAUUCCAUUAUGCCUUGAACAGACGAGUAUGGACGAGCUGAGUGUCACACUAGACUACCUUCUAAGUAUCCCAAGUGAGAAGUGUAAAGCUAGAGGAUUUACUGUGAUAGUGGAUGGCAGAAAAUCUCAAUGGAACGUGGUAAAGACGGUUGUGUUAAUGCUACAGAAUGUUGUUCCAGCUGAGGUGUCACUUGUUUGUGUAGUAAAGCCAGAUGAAUUUUGGGAUAAGAAGGUUACGCAUUUCUGUUUUUGGAAAGAGAAGGAUAGACUUGGCUUUGAGGUUAUUUUAGUAUCUGCUAACAAACUGACUCGAUAUAUAGAGCCAUGCCAACUGACAGAAGAUUUUGGAGGAACUCUCACCUAUGAUCACAUGGAUUGGUUGAAUAAGAGGCUGGUAUUUGAAAAGUUCACGAAAGAAUCAACAUCCUUACUGGAUGAGCUUGCUCUUAUUAACAAUGGAAGUGAUAAAGGAACCCAACAAGAAAAAGAGAGAUCAAUAGAUUUGAACUUCCUUCCAUCAGUUGAUCCUGAGACGGUAUUACAGACAGGGCAUGAGUUACUAUCUGAGUUACAACAGCGUCGAUUCAAUGGUUCAGAUGGAGGGGUAUCCUGGUCUCCAAUGGAUGAUGAACUACUUGCUCAGCCGCAGGUCAUGAAGCUACUAGACUCACUCAGAGAGCAAUAUACCCGCUACCAGGAAGUUUGCAGACAACGUAGCAAGCGCACACAACUAGAGGAGAUUCAGCAGAAGGUAAUGCAGGUAGUCAAUUGGCUUGAAGGACCUGGAUCAGAACAGCUAAGAACCCAGUGGGGAAUAGGUGAUUCAAUUAGAGCUUCACAAGCUUUGCAACAGAAACAUGAAGAGAUUGAGAGUCAGCACAGUGAGUGGUUUGCUGUUUAUGUUGAGCUUAAUCAGCAGAUAGCAGCUCUUCUAAAUGCAGGGGAUGAGGAGGACCUUGUGGAAUUGAAAGCAUUGCAGCAACAGCUGAGUGAUGUGUGUUACCGGCAGGCCAGUCAGCUGGAAUUCAGGCAGAAUCUAUUACAAGCAGCACUUGAAUUCCACAGUGUUGCCCAGGAUUUGUCUCAGCAAUUGGAUGGCUUACUAGGAAUGUUGUGUGUAGAUGUAGCACCAGCAGAUGGAGCAUCAAUUCAACAAACUUUAAAACUACUGGAAGAGAAACUGAAAAGUGUUGACUUGGGCUUGCAAGGCUUGCGUGAGAAAGGUCAAAGUCUUCUUGAUCAGAUAUCUAAUCAGGCAUCCUGGGCCUAUGGAAAAGAUGUGACCAUUGAAAACAAAGAAAAUGUGGACCAUAUCCAAGGAGUGAUGGAAGAUAUGCAGCUUAGAAAACAAAGGUGUGAGGAUAUGGUGGAUGUGCGGCGACUGAAGAUGCUUCAGAUGGUACAGUUAUUUAAAUGCGAAGAGGAUGCUGCUCAGGCAGUAGAAUGGUUAAGUGAACUGUUGGAUGCUCUGCUGAAGACACACAUCCGAUUGGGAGAUGAUGCUCAAGAAACAAAAGUUUUACUGGAGAAGCAUCGAAAAUUUGUUGAUGUUGCACAGAGUACUUACGAUUAUGGGAGACAGUUACUGCAGGCAACUGUUGUCCUGUGCCAGUCCCUGCGAUGCACUUCAAGGUCCUCAGGGGACACACUUCCAAGACUGAACAGAGUGUGGAAACAGUUUACAAUAACUUCUGAAGAAAGAGUACAACGGCUGGAAACGGCUGUUGCAUUUCAUUUAAGUGCUGAAAAGAUAUUGCAAGAAUGUCCAGAGCAGCCUGAAGCUUUUAAUGAAAUGGAGCAAUUUGAUGAAAUUGAAGCAGUUGGGAAAUCGCUGUUGGACAGACUAACAGUGCCUGUAGUUUAUCCCGAUGGGUCUGAGCAGUACUUUGGGAGCCCGAGUGAUAUGGCUUCUGCAGCAGAACACAUUAGAGAGAAGAUGAAGCUAGUUAGCCUGAAAAAGCAGCAGCUGAGACAACCAGAAGCCACUACCCCAGAGAGCUAAUACUGACCCUUGUCUAUGAAUUCAUAAUAGGACUUCAGUUUGUAAUCCAGCAUGUUGUUUGCAUAUUACAGAAUUUGGCAUAAUAUAUUAAAAUGCAUUUCACAGCUGUUAUAAGUCUCAUCUUUUUUUCAAAGUAAAUGUUCUCAGCAUCUUAACACUGUACAUCUAUCAAGCCAUAAUUAUUUAACAUGCUAUAAAACCAUAGAUUCCAAGUAUCAUAUGAAAAGGAACUGUAAACUUUGCACUGAAAUUUGCUGUAAAGCUUUACCUGACCUGUCAGCUGCUUCUUAGUUAAACAGCUGAUGCAAGCUUUGAAUGGUGCUAAUGAAAGUGUUAAGAGUUCCAUAUUAUGAAAUUGUAGUUCUUUGCUUCCCCCAUGCCCAGGUGAUGUAGUAAUUUUAGACUGUAGGUAAGGUUCCUGCAGUGUAGGCAGUGGUGACCCUAUAAUUUUAAUUUGAAAUACUUUUUAAAAAAAAGAUCAUUUUUAUUGUGCCAGUAUGCAACCUGCCCAUCAAAUCUUUGAUAAUAUCAAAUUCAUUAAACAGAUGUUUUCCUAUUUGUAUUGAUAAUGUAUUAAAAGCUGUUUGUGCUUAAUAAAAAUCAUCUUUUUAAAAUCUAA